AUGUUCGCACAAAUCCACCAGCGUACGUCGGAGAACAUGGUCACGGGUCUGACAAAAUCGACGAUGAAGUUCAAGCAAUUAAACUCUGUCGGAGCGUUUCCACUCUAUUUAUUACGUGUGGAUAUUCGAUUGGCUUCAGUGGAUUAUGUUCGGAGGAAACAAGCGUACACCGAACGAACAGGUGGUCAUGAAGGAUCUUCAAACUUGUAUGAACUUGGUACUCAUCUUAAGGUUAUGAUUGCUUCUCUGGCCUAUGCGUUUUCUACACAUCCAAUUCUACUUACACAUGGUGAGGUUUUAGGUCAUUAUGUCCGAAAAUGGCUGGUAAUCGGCCAGGAUAUCGGUGACGACGAGAGUUCUGAAGGCAUUAUUGCUAAGUUCUGGAUCACACGGUGGACGUGA